AUGGUUGAUGAGCAAGAGAGGUUGCUGCCAAUUGCAAACGUGGGUCGGAUCAUGAAGCAGAUCCUUCCCGCAACAGUCAAGAUUUCCAAGGAGGGCAAACAAACUAUGCAAGAAUGUGCAACAGAAUUCAUAAGUUUUGUUACCGCUGAGGCAUCUGACAAGUGUCACAAGGAGAAUCGCAAGACUGUCAAUGGGGAUGACAUAUGUUGGGCUCUGAGUACUCUAGGGUUUGAUAACUACGCCGAGGCCAUUGUACGGUACUUGUAUAAAUAUAGGGAGGCUGAAAGGCUGAAAGCUAACCAAAACAAAAAAAACAGUUCUCAAGGCAAGCUUGAAGAAUCAAAUUAUAGAAAUGACCAACUUGGGAAGCAAACUGAAGGUCCUGCUCCAUUAGAUCAGUUUAGAGCUAUUGAGAAGGGUGAACCCUCUCAAGCAGAAGCUUCUUGAACUAAUGUUUCUACUGCUCUAUGAUGGUGAUGAAUGUGAUAUAUCAGUACUGGAGGCAGAGGUUGAAGCCAUGUGGAUGUGAUCAAAAUGUGUGAGAUUUGUAUCUUUCUCCAAUACAUUCUUCAUAUAUAUUCAUACUUGGCUAGUCUGAGGUAAAUUUGCAUCGAUCUUUCUGCUGCCACUUAAAUGUUUGCUCUUCCAUAUUUCGUCCCUUUUUUGUUUUGGUAAAGGAUGGGAACUUCUGUAGAAGGUGGUCAACAAUAAUAUAUGUAGUUUUUCUUGCACUUUUCAGUUCAUAUAUGGCAGAUCUUAAUGUUAAGAUGGUAAUUUAAUUAGAACAUCUGCAGAAGGUCAUAAUCAAUAUCUAUAUAUAUGCAUAUACAUACAUACAUAAAUAUAUAUAUAGUUCUGCUAGUUUGCUUAUUGCGGAGUAUACAUGCAUGACAUGCAGCUCCUAAUUUUCUGAGUGCAUAUAGUUCUAACCAGUUCUUGAUUUUGAAUGCAUACAUAUACACACACACACACACACACACACACACACACACACACAU